UAUCUAAGCCAGUCUGCUUGUUCUUCUUCUAUCCUUAAUUUGGUUCUUGUGGCAUAGACCAACGGUAGAGGACGAGGGACGAUUUUAGUAUAGUUUGGUUUGUACUUGGGGUCCGGCUUCACUUGAUCUUGUAGUAGGUAGGCUCAUGCUGGCCGUGUGGUCUGUUAUCCGCCCUAGCGGCUCGUGCCGGCGUCCUGAGACGGAGCAUGGCCGGCGCGGAGCACCAUGGUCGCCCCCGAACAUGGAAGAGGAGAGGAGAGAGCACACCCGUCCGUCCGUCCGUCGAAGAAGAGUAGAUGUGGGAAGUUGGAGAGAAGAGUUUUAUCUAUGGGACGAAGACGAAGACAAAGACGAACAUGGCGGGGGAUAGAGACAAAGGAAAAGAAGAGCAUUUAUUUUUUGAGGGAGCUCGCCUCGCCUUGGUCGAUCGGGCGUUCCUGGUUGUAGCGGCAUGGAGGAAGUUUGAGCCGGAGUAUGCAUGGCAUGGCCGCCGUGCACAGGAGAAGCAAGCAACUGAUUUUGAUUUGAUGGAGAGGAGAGGAGACAAGAGGUCGGCGGCGAACUAAUCCCCUGUUCCCGAUGCCCUGCUCCCAAGCAACACCACUGCUCCCGAUAAUCCACUUGCUGACGCGUCUCCAGGCUCAUCCACGACCUAGCUGGUGCCUUGCUGGCUCGACGGGCGCCACCAAUCAUGCGGCGGUAGCAGCGCCCUCGCGGCUGCGGUGGGAGCCAUGAGGUCGAUGGAGGUCGGGGAACCGGGGACGCGACAACGGUUGCCAUAGCAGCGCGACGCCGGGAGGCGGCGGGAGGUUGCGGCGGCGGCUGCCGGAUGACAUGCUGCGGGAGGUUGAGCUCCGGUUAUCGCCCCUGCACAGCGCCGUCCCGGCUCGGAGCGUGGCCGGCGGUAGCAGCAGUGGAAGGCUACGGCCAUGGUGGGGCAGAAGGCGCUGCCCUUUCUGGUACCUCGUCCGACCCUCCGCUCGCGACCCUCCCUCAUCCAUGCGAGCUCGUCGUUGACCUCCCAUCGUCCGAAGCAGGGGCAGAGGCGCAACCGGCCAUAGGAGGGGGAGGAUUGAUUGUGUUUUGUUUUAGAUUCCAGGGGUGUGUAUGGUAAUUCUUUGCCAAGUCAGCUCCUUAAACUUCGGUCUCACUUGUCAGAAAGCGAACAAACGGACCAAAUCACCCGACCAAUGCUUUUUGCAAUAAGAUUAGAGAAGAAAUUACGGUGUUUUUGCAACGGAUUAGCAACUUGGUGGUUUUAUGCAAACCUAGCCGUAAAUGUGAUAGUUCUUGUAAUUAACUCCAACUGCCGUCAUGCCCAAAAACUGCAAGUCAAGAGUGUGGUUUCUAGCAUGCACCGUCCCGAUCAGUGAAUGGAAAGGAGAUUUCUCCAUCAUAGUCUGCCGAUAUUUAAAUUCGUCACAACAUAAAUAUGAAAUACAUGGGGUGUUUAGUAAAAUCUCUACAUCCUUUUACAUACAGUAGAAAACCGAGGAAGGAAACAGAUUACAAGAUCAGUAACGAGUACACUGAUACGAACAAGAAGAGCAAACAGAGACCAUAAAUAAUGUCGAGCGUCGAGUUUGCUUGUGCGCAGGCUGAUGAGAUGCGAGACCAGCACGGUGACGUUUUGAUGCGAUGCUCGAUGAAAUCUUGGACGGCCUUAUCGACCCUGUCGGAUGCGGCCAUGAACCUAUGGAAGCAACUUGAUCGGGCGCGUCGCCUUGACCGGUUCGCUUCCAUGACCCUCUUCUCCAUGUCGCGCACUGUUCCUUGGGCUGGCCUCUUCUUGGUCUUGGAUUUCUGGCCAUAGCUGCGGGCCAUCGCUAGGAGUCGAGCCAUCAGCAUCUCUUCCUCUCGAUUGUGUUUGGUGGUGCGAUGAUCGCCGUUGAUGGCUCGACCUCCCUUGGCCAGCCUUAUGUAGUGCUACACAUCCCGGCCGAGUCGGACGGAGGUCCAGAGAUCUCGGUCCAGCUCGCGCUGCUGGAAACGGACUCGGCUCGCUCGGCUUUUUUUCUUUUUUGAGACAACGGCUCGCUCGGCAAGCAGGGAGUCCUCUGGCCGUACGUACGCAGGUAGCCCACGGCCCACGGGUCCUGAAAGAGAGAGGUAGUGUAGGUUUUUUUUUUUGAGGGAACAGAUAGCGUAGUUGAGACUGCACCUGCACCUGGUGUUAACAUUUGCUUUUAAACGUGUACAAACUCAAUCAAAAAGAAUGCAUUUUUUUGCGGGAAAGGAAAAUUCAUUCAUAAAGUAAUGUUUGCUAAACAUGAGAUAUUGUAGGCGUCAAGGGCCACUUGCGUCAUGAGUUAAGGUAGUUAGGGAUAGGCUGUUUCUGUUUAAAUCCUUCUAUCCCUAAUCUCUCUCUCUGUAAUCUGUUCGGUUGUAUCUCAACCGAUUACCUUGUACUCCACGUGAGGUUUCCUCACCAGAUCAAUAUAACUCCAUGCGGGCUCCCUGUUGAGGGUUGAGACGCUUCAUCAUAACUUUCAUGGUAUACAGAGCAGGCCCCUUCCAUCACAUCUAGCUCAUCUCCAUCGAUCUCCCAAAACCCAUCCUGCUGCCAUGUCCACCUCCGCUGCUCCGGUCUCCUCCGGCCUCAACUACAACGUCUCCGAGCCGCUCACCAGGACGAACUACGUCCUCUGGCGAGCCCAGGCGCGAUCCCAGAUAAUGGGCGCCGGCCUGUACGGCUACAUCGACCAAACCAUAGCAGAACCUACCAAGCUCAUCACCACCAAGGACAAGGACGGCAAAGAUCAGGUGAACCCCAAUCCUGCAUAUGCCCCCUGGUUAGUCCAAGAUCAACAGAUCGUCGCAUAUCUUCUUCGAAACCUCUCCAAGGAGGUGCUGGUUCAAGUUGCAUCGAUGGAAACAUCGCAUGCGAUCUGGACAGCGCUGAGCAACAUGUUCUCCGCCGUCUCGCUGUCCCGCGUCAACAACAUUCAUGCCUCCCUCACCAACGCCCAGAAGGGCAACCAGCCGGCGGCGACCUACUUCGGGCACAUGCGUGCUCUCUCUGAUGAACUUGCGGCGGCAGGCAAACCGAUCGGCGAGGACGAGCUGGUGUCGUUCAUCAUCGCGGGGCUUGAUAUGGAGUAUCAGCCCAUCAUCUCCGCCCUGGAUGCACGCACUGAUCCGGUCACCGUCGAGAACCUCUUCUCCAUGGUAGCCAAUUUCGACCAGCGGGUCGAGAUGUUCCAUGGGACAGGCGCUGGCAACUUCAAGUCCUCCGCCAACCUUGCUUCUCGCGGCCGCCAGGGAUCCAACAAGGGCUCCCGCGGUCAGCAAAGGGGCGGUGGCGGCGACGGCUCUCGCACUGGUGGUGGCGGCGGCGGCUACAACAACCCUAAUGGCUACAACAGCAACACUGGUGGCGGCGGCGGUCACUACGUUGGUGGUGGCGGCAGCGGCCACUACGGCGGUGGUGGCAGCGGCGGCCACUACGGUGGUGGUGGCGGUGGUGGCUACCAUCAUCAGGGAAACAACGGUGGCGGCUACCCUCCUCGGCGCCCUCCCUUCACCAACAACAGAGGGCGCAACAAUUUCCAGGGGUAUGAAAGCCGUUCUCAAAUUUGCAAAAAAACUAACCAUCUUGCCAAAGAUUGCGAUUAGCGUUAUGCCGAUGACACAUCCCAGAAGAAAAAAGUUGCUGCUGUAGCUGAUGCAUCCUAUGGUGUUGAUACAAAUUGGUACAUGGACACGGGUGCAACCAACCAUAUCACUGGAGAACUUGAGAAGGUGACGAUGCAAGAGAAAUACCGUGGCCAUGAUCAAGUUUACACCGCAGCAAACGGUGCAGGAUCAAGUCACGAAGAGAGUUCUCCAUAGGGGUAUAUGUGUGCAAGGGCUCUAUGCGUUGCUUCCUCAAUAUUGCCAGUUCAAUAAACAAGUGUAUGGUGCCAUCAAGCUUUCUGCUGAAAGGUGGCACAGUCGUUUAGGCCAUCCCUCGUUUGCUACCGUUCAUCAAAUUCUUAGUAAAAAUAAACUCCCAGUUGUUGGUGAGAGAAAUUUAGAAACUAUUUAUGAUUCAUGCCAAAGAGCAAAAAGUCAUCAGUUGCCUUAUCCUGUUUCCACUAGUGUGUCUACCAAACCAUUGCAACUUAUUUUUUUUGAUGUUUGGGGUCCAGCACCCACUUCUGUUGGUAGAAAUUCUUACUAUGUGAGCUUCAUUGAUGAUUAUAGCAAAUAUACUUGGAUCUAUCUCCUUAAGAAAUGUUCCGACGUUUUCCAAGUGUUUCACAACUUUCAAGCUCUUGUUGAACGGAAGUUUGAUAGCAAAAUCAUUGCCAUGCAGUCCGACUGGGGUGGUGUAUGAGAAGCUAAAUUCUUUUUUUCAAAAGAUAGGUAUUUCUCACCAUGUGUCUUGCCCACACGCUCACCAACAAAAUGGUUCCGCCGAACGGAAGCAUCGCCACAUUGUCGAAGUAGGUCUUGCUCUCCUAGCUUCUGCGUCUAUGCCUUUGAAAUUUUGGGACGAAGCCUUUCUCACCGCUAUUCACCUUAUCAAUAUGUGGCCUAGUCGUACUAUUGCAAAUGAAACCCCCACUGAACGUCUUCUCCAUAUCACACCCGAUUAUACUACUCUUCGUGUUUUCGGUUGUGCCUGUUGGCCAAACCUUCGUCCCUACAACUCUCGUAAACUUAUGUUUCGAUCUCAACAAUGUGUCUUUCUUGGGUAUAGUGCACAACAUAAAGGUGUCAAGUGUCUUGACGUGUCCACCGGUCGUGUGUAUAUUUCUCGUGAUGUUGUGUUCGAUGAAACUCAACUUCCAUUCGCUAAACUUCAUCCCAAUGCCGGUGCCCUUCUCAGGAAGGAGAUCCUUCUUCUCCCAUCUCAUCUAACCGGAGUUGAUCAUGUGGAAAAUGAUAGUUGUGAUGACUUAAUAUUGUUGACUAACUUUUCUAAUCUGUUA